UAUAUCUAACAUCAACAGCAACGUCGCACCCGCAAGAUCCAAGCCAAACACACACAACAGCACAACCCGUUUCAUUCAUCACGAUCGAGAGCGAUACAGUACGACUGUAGCCUUUUGCUUCUAACUUACUUUUGUACAGCAGAUACAGGAAAGACCAUGCCAGGCAAGGAUGUGAACGCCAUGAAGGCCCGGUCCUUGUCGCCGGUUCCAGCUCCGGCUGCCGAGGGUCAACCUCCCCCUCAACAACCCGCCGCAUCUGCGAGAGCCGACAAGUUUGCAGCAGCCCAAGCUCGAAUGCAACAACAACAGCAACAAGGAGAGCAGCCGACUUCUGUCGCGCAGCCAGCUCCUGUCGUUCCUGCAGCUCAGCCUCGGCGAGACAAGUUUGCCGCACAAGCGGCUCGACAGCAACAAGCGGCUGCUGCGGCGACUCCUGCCGCUGCUUCGGCUACUCCGCCUGCUCCGUCAACUGCUGCUUCUGUAGCCCAACCACGAAGAGAUAAGUUUGCCGCCCAGGCAGCCCGACAACAAGCUGCCGCAGCUCCCCGUCGAGACAAGUUUGCCGCUCAAGCAGCGGCCCAACAACAAGCCGCUUCUGCACCACCCGCUGCUCGUCGUGACAAAUUUGCAGCCCAAGCAUCUCGCAACAGCAAAUUUGCGGCCAUGGCCCAAAAUCCCACGGCCGAGGAUUCUUCCGCUGGUGCCGUGACAACGGCUGAGUUGAGCAUCCGGCAUCCCAGUCAAGACACCCAAAUUCAAGAACGACGUCGUCGCUUGGAGCAGGAACGACAAGCCGUGUGGAACGAUUUAGCGAAAGCCGAAGGGUGCAUUGGUCGAUUGCUGCAAGAAGUCGCUGGCCAUGGACUCUUUGAUCCGGCCGCCCUGCAAUUGUCGCAAAAACAGUGGAAAAUGAAACGAAAAGCUGCCAAGAAACAAAAACGAAUGGAAAAGGCACAACGCAAAGAACAAAAACGAGAAGAACGAAGACUACAGCGAAAACAACAAAUGGAAGAUGGAUCGGAUGAUGAGGAGGAGGAGGAAGAGGAAUCGGAAGAAUCUUCCGAAGACGAGGAGGAUGAUGACGACGAUGAUGACAGUGAUGUCGACAGUGACGAAGCAGGAUUACUCAACACUCCACCACCUCACGAACGGUACACCAAAAUUUUACAAGAACUGCACUCAUUGUGUGCUCCUCAUUCGCAUUGGAUUCAAAGCUACAAACCAUUGUCCUCCGGUAGCAGCACUAGUGGCAAGAAGAAAUCGUCCACACCCAAAAUUAGUAUGUAUCAAGCGCGUGUCGAAAUGAGAUUGGCACAAGAAAAACGAAACAUUUGCCAAGAAUGGCUUCGGUUGGAAAAGAUUGAAAUGGACAAAUUCCAACAACAACUCGAGGAGAAAGCAACAACGCUGGUAAAGCAAGAAGAGGAUACGGAUGCCAACGAGAGCAAGAAACGAAAGUUGGAUCAAGUAGAAACAUCGUCUUAGCGAGAUAUGUUCUAUUUAAAUGGGUUUGAAGGGUGACUGGCAAUGCCUUUGUGGCGAGAGAAAGCCCAAUCCUUUCCCACUACUACUAGUACUACGGUAGCUAUAUUUGUGGCCACUCUUCAAGUCACUCUUUGCCGCUGGAAACGAUUGAAUCGAAUCGAAUCGAUUCGUAAAAGCCGCCAAUACUUCUUUGACCUCUACAUGCAUCGUCCGAACUCUGCACUGCAGUGUCCGAUGACAGCGAAGCUACGAAACCAAAUUAAAUGAUUUCACCAGGAAGCACCUUGAGGAACGUAGUUGACGAGACAAUUGAUAAGGGACUUUACGUUUACUUAUUGCUAGAAUCGUAUGACGUUCCCUGCCAACGCAACCCAAAGUUGCACAAGUACGACAAUAGAGUAGAUGAAAGAUUAGCCCAGUCGCUCUUUGCUAGAUUCGUAUGAGAUUAGCUGUCUAGUUGUCCUUUAA